GACAGAUUUAGCAAGUGUUUGAGAGCUUUUCAUUCCUAUAUGGUGUAAAUAAUUUGAUUAAGCAGUGAUAUUUGAUUCAAUAUUAGCCAAGAUGGGAAUAGAAAAAAUGGAUUCCAAGCUAAAUACCCAUGUAAAAUAUUUGACCAUAGUGCACCGGUCAAUCACUCUUGGCACACAAACUGUGGAGGCUCAGGUAUCCAUUAUGAGAAACAUGCAUCUCAGAUUUAUGGUUGUAGCAUUUGUGAUUACCAUGAGUGGUGGUACUGUGGUGCCACCCUUAACCACACAUGUCCUGGACACUGCAAGAGGUAUCCCAGGAGGUGGUAUCAACAUGGUGUUGAUGAUCCGGUCCGGUAAUGGAGAAUUCAGGGAGAUAGAGAGAGGGACCACAAACAACGAUGGACGUGGUGGAUUCCUUACUAGUUCAUCUUUCCAGGCUGGAGCAGUCUACAAAUUAUUUUUUGACACAGACAACUACUUCAAAAGCAUUGGAGUGAAGGGCUUUUAUCCAUUUGUAGAGGUUGUGUUCCGUAUUGACGACCCAUCCCAGCAUUAUCAUGUACCCCUGUUGCUCAGUCCCUAUGGCUACUCCACCUACAGAGGUAGCUGACUAGGAACCGCCCCCACCAGUCGCUGUCAGUCUGUGUAUCCAGGGGUAUACGAUCUGAUCCUUAUAGUUGUCAUUAUCAUGACCCAAAAGCAUUACUAAAAAUCUCUCGUAUUACACUGUAAUUAUCGUAAUGUUACAUUUUCAAAAUAACAGAUAUACUUGUAUUGUUUUUGUUUAUGAUUAUAUAGAUAUUUUAUAUAUAAUUGUGAUUUUUUAUGAAAUUUUCUAAAUAUAACAUUGUAAAAAGAUAA